AUGCUCUGCUGCCGACGACCGCAGGACCCGGAGGAGCGCAAAAAGAAGCUCGCAGCAGAGCUUGCGAACGGGCGCAUGUUCUUCCAAGAUGGUCUCACCGGCUCCGCGUGGGGAGACUGGAGCCUGUACACCGCCUCGCCCUUGAGAGCUGAGCCCGUCUCUGCUGCUGCGGCAGCGGCUGCUGCCAAGGCGGCCGCCGCCGCCAAGGGCGCCACAGCGACCACUUCGGCUGUGGCCGGCACUGCUGGUGCUGGCUCCCUCUCCAAGGGCGAGGGUGUGGUUGGCAAGAAGGGCCCCAGCCCAUCUUUCGACCCAUCCACGCAAAUCGGAGCCAUGGCUCCGCUUGGCUUCUUCGACCCCGCAGGGUUUGCCAAGAAGGGCGACGAGGACGGCUUCCGCACCCUGCGUGCCGCCGAGAUCAAGCACGGCCGUGUUGCGAUGAUGGCAGCGCUGGGUGCCGUGGUGCAGCACUACGUGAAGUUCCCGGGCUUUGACUCCGUGCCCACCGGCCUGGCCGCGUCCAUCACCGCUCCCGGCAGCUACGGCUUCGUGGCGCUCUUCGCCGUGGCGGGUAUCUUGGAGCUCGGUGCCUGGACCGAGAGCCCCGACAAGGAGCCGGGCAACUUCGGCGACCCGGUUGGCUUCAACCAGUACAACCAGGAGAUGCGUGAGCGGGAGAUCAACAACGGCCGCUUUGCCAUGUUUGCAGCCAUCGGCAUCAUCGCCGCCGAGUUGUACACCGGCAAGGAUGCCAUCGAGCAGUUCGGCCUCUGA